ACGUAUUGUUAAUUACACUUACAAUCAAACCAUUGUUUUAGAUCUCACUUCAGAUGCGAAGACAUUGUUUUGGAUCUCAUUUUUGACACUAAAUAUUGUUUUUGAAAUUAAUUGUUAAUAUAUUUUCAUAAAGUGUUUGAUUGAAAAUCCAAACCCAAAAAGGCUAUGGUUUUUGAGGCGCCCUUUGAUUAUCAGUUUCGUCUAAUACUGAUCGGCGACUCAACAGUUGGCAAAUCAACUCUUCUUCGGGCGUUCACUGAAUGCCAGUUCACGACAUGGAGUGAUCCAACAGUUGGCGUCGACUUCUUCGCCAAAAUCAUUACAAUACGUAACGGAAAGCUUAGGAUUAAAUUACAGCUCUGGGACACCGCUGGACAGGAAAAGUUUAGAUCGAUAACGCGGUCAUACUAUCGGAAUAGUGUGGGCGCUCUCCUGCUGUACGACAUGACCCGUCGGCACACGUUUGACCAUUUGGUCGACUGGCUGUUUGAGGCCCGGAGGCAUAUCGAGUCCAAUCGGGCGGUGUAUCAGAUCGUGUCGUGUAAGUCAGAUAUGGCCGACGAACGGGAAGUGACCUCCGAAGAGGGCAAAGCGUUUGCCGACUUCUAUCGCAUCAAUUUCAUCGAGACUUCGGCCAAAAACCGGUAUAAUGUGGACGAAACGUUCCGAUCCAUUGCCGAAGACAUCUACGAUAGGGUCGAGAGCGGAGAGUUUGAGAUCGAAGACGGCUGGGAUGGCGUCAAAAAGGGCGGUACUAUCACUGCCAACGGUAUUAACAUUAGUUCCCCCGAAACUAACAAUAAUCGCAACUCCCGUACAUCUCCUCCGAACAGUUCCAGUAAUUGUUGCUUUUAUUAACACAAAUCAAACAGUGAUAUAAGUAUUGAAUUCUUGAGAC